UCACAAUGAGUUGGGAAGAACGAACUAAAUCGCAAGAGUGGAUAACGGCAUAUUUUACAAAAGAGAAAAACUUUUAUGCACGGUGUCGAGAUCGAUCUUGUCGAAAGCCUUAUACAUACGUAUACGAUCUAACUAAAUUUAAGGAUCACGUAAAUGAAACACAUCCAAAUAUUUAUAAUUAUGAAGAGGCCAACAAGAUCAGCAACAAGUGGAAAUAUUUUAUGCUAACAGAAGAAAACGCCAUAAUAUGUAUUUUAUGUAAUAUACCCAUAACUGAAUUUCCAGUAUACGAGAUAUUAAUCAAACACAUAAAAGAGCAUGCAAAAAAAGGACAAUAUAUAGACAGAAAAAGACAUUGGUAUUGGAAAUACUUAAACCAAGUUGGAGAUUUUUCUGCUGAAUGUAAGCUGUGUCCAAAUAAAAACAAAAAAUUUAAUCUUUUUAUAAUCACUCGAAAAAUGAAAGAACACAUGAAGGUACAUGAAAACGAGCAAACAAAAUUAACAGAAGAGUGGACAUAUUUAAUUGAAAACAACUACUUUUUGAACAAAUGUUACGCAAAGUCUGUGAAUUUUCGAGCAGAAUGUCGAUUUUGCAAACUCAACUUUAUAUGUGUCCCGGCUAUUGUGCUUAAAACACACAUACAGGAGCAUAAAUUUACUUACAAAGCUGAAGAGAUUGAUCAAAUUGGCACGAAACUUGGCAAUAACUGGUCAUAUUUUAGGUUUACGAAAAAUGAAGCAAUAGACGAAAUAGAAUGUAUGAUAUGUAAAGAGACUCUGUCAAAUGACCAAAUGGAAAAUCACGCAAAAACUCAUUUUCUACAAGAACUAAUACCCUGUAAAUUUGACGAUUGGGCAUUUAAAUACGCAAGAGAAGAAGAAGAUUUUUUGAAAUGUACGAUUUGUGAUGCAGGUAUGAACAUUAUUGCCGACAUAACUCAUUUAGAAACACAUAUGUCAGAUAAACAUUCAGAAAAUUACGAUAAAAUAAAACAAGACAAAAAAUUUUGGACAUUUCAAACUGCAAAGAACAGCUGGUUGCAAAAAUGUUAUAUAGAUGCUGGGGAUUUUCGAGCAGAAUGUACAGUUUGCGAAUUCAAAGAAGUAUAUUUGAAGAAGGAUCAGUUUGAGAAACAUAUGCACGACUCACAUUAUGAUAUUUUCGAUAAGGAAGAAAUAGAAAAAGAUAUUUGCCACUAUUUUUCAGAUGAGUGGAAAUGUUUGAGGCACACAUAUGACAUGGAAAUAAGUCGAAGUAUAGAAUGCGUGAUAUGUCAUCAACAAGAUAUCAUGGUUGAUCAUCGUUGUUCACAAGACAUAAAACCCUAUUCUCAACAUUGGGUAUUUAAAUACGCGGGACGAGAUGGAAGUAAUGCAUAUUGUACGAUAUGUGGACAAAAUAUAAACUUUGAUUAUGACUUCGAUACUUUAAAAAACCACAUGUCAUUUGAACAUCGAGAGAAAUGGGAAACAAUAGAACAAGGAGAACAAAUAGAACAACAAGAUUUGGAACAAGGGACAGCACACGAUGAAGCUAGACCGUCGACAAGCUACGCAAGUUAAAAGAAAAACGAUCAUGUUUAUAUAGAUUUAUCUACAUUUGACAAUGGAAAUGAUGGUAGCGGCAUUUUUAAGUAGCAUCUCAUGACCAGCGAUAACGACAGUCUUGACUUUGACCUAAGUGAUUUCAAAUACAUGAAGACAUUAGCGUAUAAUUUGACUUAGUUGUCGCAUAUCAGUUUUGUGUUUAUAAAUGUAUAAAGUUUGUAUAAAAUGUAUAACUUUAA